UAAUCACAAAAUAUAUUCAACAUGCUUUCUUUGCAUUUCGCUAAUGAGCUGCAUGAUUUGAACUUGUUGAUUUGCGAGGGUAGAACGUGCCUAACAGAACAGACUUGUGGCCUUUGUUCGUUGAAAACCGAGAUGUCAUCAGCUUUGAUAGCCCAUUACCAUCUAUAAUUUUCACCAGGGUGUCUUCAAAUUCUAUACAAAGCUUUCUUCACGCUAAGUUAUUAUUAUUUUCUAUUCAGACUGGUUUUUCUGGGCCAACAUCACGGUCAGGUUCUGAAAUUGAUUCUGCUAGCUUAAAAAGGUCUUUUUGUCAUCAUUAGUACACCUGCCUCAUUUGGGCAAUCCAUCCAUACACAAUUUCUAUUCUUCGUGACUACAACAGAGCUGCCAAUCCAAUGGUUUGGGAACUUUUGUUCGUAAUCUUACAUUUCCAAAUUAAUCAUCUGCCAACAGAAGUUAGACUCAAGAGCGACUGGAGAAAUUAGAAGCUAUUGGUCGUGACCUGGUCCUACUAACUCUCUUUACAGUGUAUCUUACUGGGGAAAGAAAUUAAAGACCGUUUGAGCCGUCAAUUCUUGUCUGAAACCAAAACGAGAAAACUGACAAGAUGGUGGCUCUUCCACCAGCUCUAAUUUGCCUUGUGGUUUUCAACAUUCUUAUUUCUGUGCUUGGGACAUUUGGCAAUGCAUUAGUUCUUUUGGCUGUCGUCAAAAACCGUUCUCUACAAACUGUUCCAGACUUGUUUAUAUUCAGCAUGGCAGUAGCAGACUUGAUCGUUACUGGUGUACAACAACCAAUGUUGACGUGCCGUGUAUAUCGUAUCAACAGCCCUAACCUUACCUUCAAUUCCAUUCUCGAAACUAUAGGAUUUUUGGCCAUUCUGGCGUCGAUCACAAGUAUGUUUAUGGUGACGAUUGAUCGUUUUGUGGCAAUCCAACGUCCAUUCGUGUACAUCAGACUUGCAACAAGUAAACGCGCUGUACAGGUCAUCUCUACUUUGUGGAUUCUAUGCCCGACCUUCACAGUCUCAAGUCACUUCAUACAAGGACAAGAGAAGUACUACGCUGUGUGGACAUAUAUGACUAUACUCUUGUUAUCCACGGUUAUCAUAUAUGUAUAUCUUUUUUAUACUGCAAGGAAACAGCAAAACAAAAUCAUAAUGGCGAACACUCUUGGGACAAGUGUGCGAAGUAACGACCACACACAGAAAGGCAUCCCAUUGCGUACAAGGCAAAGGAACGAACGAAAACCCGCAAAAACUAUUGCAAUUGUCGUUGGUGUGUUUAUUGUGUUUUGGACGCCAUUUUUGGCGUACGUCAUCACCAAUGCAGACAUCCUUGAAAAAGAGGAACUAGAUAAAAUGAUAUGGUUUUAUUGGUUUUUAUCCUUGUCCUUAUGCAACAGUACCCUCAAUCCAUAUAUCUAUUGUGUCAGGAACAGUAGAUACCGACUGGCAUUUGCAAAACUUUUGCAUUUGAAGCGCGUAAUACAACUGGACUCUAGCCAGGUACAGUCAUAUGCAAGACCAACUAAUGCCAACGUAAUUGAACAACAAGAGGGAGAGUUACAAAAACGACGUGGGGUAAAGGGGACAGUCGAAGUCAUUGAAAUACAAUGAAACACCGCUGACUCUAUCCAAGCUGUUUGUUGCUAAAUAUGAUGUUGAAUAGCCGUCAAUUCUUUCCACACUUAGCUUCAUCACUCCUAUAACGAAGGGAUGUAAAAGAGCUAUUGAGGACGUAAAAUAAUCCUAGAAGUGACCACCCUCAGUGCCCGGACUUCAUCAUUACUAACCAAUAUCGGAGGGAAGUAAAAUAACCACAGGACGUGAAGAAUUCCUGACAGCGACCACCCUCAGUGCCUGGACUUCAUCAUUACUAACCAAUAUCGGAGGGAAGAGUGAAAGAACCACAGGAGGUGACGAAAUCCUGACAGCGACCAUCCUCAGUGCCUGGACUUUAUCAUUACUAACCAAUAUCGGAGGGAAGAGUAAAAGAACUACAGGAGGUGAAGAAAUCCUGGCAGCGACCACCCUCAGUGCCUGGACUUCAUCAUUACUAACCAAUAUCAGAGGGAAGUAAAAGAACCACAGGACGUAAAGAAAUCCUGACAGCGACCACCUUCAGUGCCUGGACUUCAUCAUUACUAACCAAUAUCGGAGGGAAGAGUGAAAGAACCACAGAAGGUGAAGAAAUCCUGACAGCGACCACCCUCAGUGCCUGGACUUCAUCAUUACUAACCAAUAUCGGAGGGAAGAGUGAAAG